UAACAGUUAACACUAUUAUUUAAAUAAACAAAUACAAAGUCCAAAUCUCUAUAUCACAUCUUUUCUCUCUACACAAACUACUUCAAACUCAUUUUACAUUAUUCAUAUUGAAACUAAGUUACCAAAAUUCUCAUUCAAACAUGUUUAGUUCCAAAUCUGAGCAACCACAAAAAACUAUACUCCAAAUCAAGCAAGAUGACAAGUUCUUCUGCAGACUUCUUACAAAAGAAAGUUCCAUAUCCAAUCCUUCUUUUAGAGUAGCUGUUACUGUCCCUUUUGUUUGGGAAUCUCAACCUGGCACACCAAAAUAUACUUUCUCUGAGAAAAAUCUUCCUCCUCUUACUCCUCCACCUUCUUAUUAUUCAUGCAAAAAAACACCAAUUAAGAAAAACUCAAGAUCCAAUAUUUUUCUUGCACUUUUCCCAAAACUAAAUCUUAAGAAAAAUAUUAUGUCUUCAUCAUCUUCAUCACCCUCUAAUUCACCUUCUUCACCUUAUUAUUCUUCUGCUUCAUGUUCUUCCUCAGACUCAUCAUCAUCAUCUUCCAAAGUUGUUACAAGAAGGAGGCGUUUUCUAAGUUAUGGUUCAUCUAUUGAUUUCACAAGAGAAGAAGAUGAAGAUGCUACUUCACCUACUUCAACACUAUGCUUUGGUCUUUCUCGUUCAACUAGCACUAAGGCUCAUAGUGGAUUCCUAGGGUUCUCCAAAAGGUAAGCUUAAUAGUCGAUUCUACCUUGGCCAACUGGCCAAGGGAGUUCUACUAGCUUAGUGCAUGUUUCGUAUCACGGUGAUCAGUAGUUAAACGAAAUUAGUAGCAUUACGAUUUUGUUGAAACUCUAAAAUAUAGUUUUGUCAAAAUCACUGUAGCGUAUCGUGACUCUGUCAAUGUUAUUGUUAAUUUAAACAUGCACUUAAAUAGAGUUUUAUGUGUAAUUAAUCUCUUUGCUCUUCAUGCUUAAAGAGCAAACAAAUUUUCUAGGAGAGUGAGUUUGUUUCUUCUCAAAUAAUUGUUAUGGUUAAUUCUAAGGUGUAUUUUAAUAUCUUAAACAUAUUAUGAUGUUUAAACCAUCAUAAAUAGUUUAUGGAUCUUUGAACUUUGUGCUAAAGUGACUUGAGUACAUUGAAUACAUGGACCUUAAUUUCCAGCAA